CGACCGGUCACGAAACCGCGGUUAUGUGGUACAUGGUACACUCUGUGGUUUAGCAUGCAGCGCCGGUGUCGUUUGUUUUACAUCAUCUCUGCGUCUUAUUACACAUGUCUUACCUCCAAAUAGUCCACGUUUAAUUGACAUGAUUGACGGCUGUUAAAGGCAACUCAGAGGCAAACAUAUAAGGGUUAUAAUUGUUAUUAAGAUGUCUGCUGCUCCGGUCAAAGUGCCCCGCAAUUUCCAGCUUCUGGCGGAACUUGAGGAAGGUCAGAAGGGUGGAGACAUUGCCGUCAGCUGGGGUCUGGAGUACGAUAACGACAUCACCCUCACAUACUGGAACGGAACGAUCCUUGGCCCACCGCAGACUCACUUUGAGGACCGCAUCUACACUCUCAAGUUGAAGUGUGACAAUCACUACCCCGUUAAGGCGCCCACGGUACGCUUUGUCACCAGGAUAAACCUGCCUCACGUCAACGAUCGAGAUGGCACGCUAGAGAAGACGUUUCCCAUGCUUCAACAAUGGAAGAUGACGUACACCAUCAAGGAAUUACUGAGCGGCAUCCGUAGCUGGAUGGCUCGCAACAAUAAAGUACGUCAGCCUCCAGAGGGGGCUACAUUUUGAUCCACAGUCCCCCACCAACCCCCACCUUUAACCUCUCCUUCCACUUGUGACAGCAUGUGAGUUGAAUUUUAACUUUUUUUGUGUUGGGUCAUGGAUUGGCUGUGAGCAUUUCCAAAAACGUAGAGGCUGUGGCAAAAUAUCAUGAGCCACUAUCAUAAAAAAUGCAAAUCUUUCAGUUACGUGAGGGCGCUUAACUUCCAUAUUCUGUGGUGCAACUGGCUUUGAACGAGGCACUAUGUACUCUAG